GCAACCAGUGCAGGAUGCAGUGGGACCAGGCUGCAAAGUGUAGGAAAGACGAUGAUGGAGAUGUGACAGUUGUUGUUGAGAAGGACCAUUUUAUGGACGAUUUCUUUCACCAGGUUGAAGAGAUCAGAACCAGUAUAGCUAAAAUAGCUCAAUAUGUUGAAGAAGUAAAGAAAAACCACAGCAUCAUUCUUUCUGCGCCAAACCCAGAAGGAAAAAUAAAAGAAGAGCUUGAAGAUCUCAACAAAGAAAUCAAAAAAAUUGCAAAUAAAAUUCGAGCCAAGUUAAAGUCUAUUGAGCAGAGCUGUGCUCAGGAUGAGACUGGUGGCCGAACCUCAGUGGAUCUGCGGAUACGGAGGACCCAGCAUUCCGUUCUGUCUCGGAAGUUCGUCGAAGCAAUGACUGCAUACAACGAAGCACAGACUCUGUUUCGGGAGCGAAGCAAGGGCCGCAUUCAGCGCCAGCUGGAGAUAACUGGAAAAACGACCACUGACGAUGAGCUGGAGGAGAUGCUGGAGAGUGGGAGCCCUUCCAUCUUCACCUCUGAUAUCAUAUCAGAUUCCCAGAUCACUAGACAAGCUCUCAAUGAAAUCGAGUCCCGUCACAAAGACAUCAUGCGGCUAGAGACCAGCAUCCGGGAGCUGCAUGAGAUGUUCAUGGACAUGGCUGUGUUUGUGGAGACCCAGGGUGAAAUGAUCAACAACAUCGAAAAAAAUGUCAUGAAUGCUGCAGAAUACGUUGAACAUGCUAAAGAAGAAACUAAAAAAGCUAUUAAAUACCACAGCAAAGCGAGAAGGAAAAAGUGGAUCAUCGCGGCUGUGUCUGUGGUUCUGGUGGCUGUGCUGGCCCUGAUCAUCGGCCUGUCGGUUGGCAAGUGAGGCAGAUGCUGCGUUGCGGCUCUGCGGCAGAAAAUGAUGUUCAUUAUAUUUUGUGUAACUAUUCUGCUUGUGACCCUUGGAGUGACCCUAGUGACAACACUGUCCUAGCAGCUGUAGCUGGGGCCAUCUCUCCCUGGAGUGGGUCGCAUCUCAGGAGAGUCAGUCCCCGCUCUCGAGCGGCCCUGCUUGGUGACUGGCUCUGAGGGCUGCUCUUGGGCGCAAAGGAGAAACCCACAGGUGUUCAGGGAGAGAAGCAGGAGAAUGGAUGUGGUGAUUCACUCAGAGAUGCUUGGACUCUAAAUAACAGCAGAAAAUUAUGCCACAGAGAACUUGUUUCAAUGGCCUGAAAAUAAGGAAUUACUGAGAAUUUCAAUUUUUUUUAUAUUUCAGUGUUAAAGAUACAUGUGAAGCUUAAUUAGGAAUAUUUUAUGUUACGAAGUUGUUAGCUUCCUGGUUGAAGAUGUCUUCCUUCCUUCCUUCUGGCUGACCUAAUUAAGAGACGCUUUGUACUAUGUUCCAUUUUUUUAUUGUUUGCAAAAAUAAUUUUUUAUCACAGAACUUUUUUGUAAUAUAUCUGUAAUUUUAAGUGUUUAUUGUUUAAUAUAUUAACACAUUCAUUGGCUCUGCUUUCAUAUGUUAAACACGGCCUUUUAAAGGGACAGGGAGCUUCAGGAUGAGCAGCCCUCUCAAGGAGCAGCCCAUUCUUUGGCAAAGAAAACACUGGCAAAGCACCCCCAGAAGCCUUGUGCCUUUUGUUGCUGUUGACUGAGUUCACUGGCCCUCCCGACCUCUGAGCAGCUCAGGUCCUGAGCUCUACUCCAUCCUGCCUGUCCUGCCCUCAUGACACUGAGCGAGCCCCUGCCCUGGAAAGACGAUGUCUCUUCACGGCUCUGUGAGAGAACCAUGCUUCUGUUUGCAUCAGUAAAGUCUGAAUUUAAUCAAGAUGGUGAUGCAACCGAGAGGUAGUUCUUCCACACCUUGAGCUGUGUCUCCAGGUGAGCUCUGACUCAGGCUUCUGCAGAGACACUGUGAGGGCCCGCUUUCUGCAGAACCCCCCAAGUCGGCUCCCACAUCUCAUAGGAUCGUAACAUCUGUGUGGCGCGUUACGCCUUUGAGCAUUGUGUGGUUUGCUGUUAGGCCCAUAGAGUGUUUGGAAUCUUACAGCAGAUGGACAUCUGUUAAGGCAGCAACUGUUAAGGCAGUUGAAACUGUGAGCAGGCCCGUGAGGGGUGUCCGUGCCCACAGCUGUGCUGUGGCAUUACUGGGCUUGAAGGUGAAUGUGGGCCCUGAGCUCCGGUGACAGCCGAGGCCUUGGUCUCACUUGCUACAGUCAUGG